CGCGUCGGCGAUGGCGGCCGAGGCUUCGAUUCCUGCCUGACUGCUUCGGCUGAGCGGAGAGCUUUCACCUCGACGUAUAUUUAAUUGCUUUGGAUAUCCCGGCUGUUCUCUUGUGAAACCUCGGGCUUUGCGUUCCACUGAUACGAUACCGAUAACAAACCUCAACUCCAAAAGCCAACCGCAACUCCAAUCCCUCUCCUAACAAACACAAUCACAAAGACAAACACACAAGCAAUCUCUCACAAUGCUGCCGCAAUCCUCCUCCUCCUUCUCGCGCCUCGUCUCCCGCGCCGCCAUCCGCACCCUGCGCACCGCCGCCGCCGAAACCGUCCCGUCAACGUCCAUCAAGGUCCUCCGGCUCGUCGACGCCGUGCGCCAAUGGCGAAGGCCUCACCUAACAAACUUCCGCUCCGUCGGCCUCGUGCCCACCAUGGGCGCCCUGCACGAGGGCCACUUCUCGCUCAUCCGCGCCGCCGCCCGCGAGAACCACCACGUGGUCGUCAGCAUCUACGUCAACCCGGCCCAGUUCGGCAUCAAGGAGGACCUCGCCUCGUAUCCCGUAACAUGGGACUCUGACGUCGCGGCGCUGGCCCGGCUCGACCGCGAGUUUGCCGACGACGGGGCUAACUUGGGCCGCAUCUCGGCCGUGUUUGCGCCCUCCACCGCCGAGAUCUAUCCGUCUGGUUUUCCGGGCCAGGAGAUUGACAGCAAGGGCAGUUUUGUCACCAUUACGCCUGUGGGCGAGGUCCUUGAGGGCGCCAGCAGGCCGACCUUCUUCCGCGGCGUUGCAACCAUCUGCAUGAAACUCUUCAACAUCGUCCAGCCCGACCGUGUCUACUUUGGCCAAAAGGACGUCCAGCAGACCGUCGUCAUCAAGCGCAUGGUCAAGGACUUUAUGCUGCCCACCGAAGUCGUCGUCUGCCCGACCACCCGCGAAGCUGAUGGCCUCGCCCUGAGCUCUCGAAACGUCUAUCUCGGCACACGCCGCCGCCACGUCGCCGUCGUGCUGAGCAAGGCGCUGCGUGCUGCCCAAGAAGCCUACGACAGCGGCAAGCUGAGCCGCGGUGAUGUCCUUGGCGCUGCAAACAAUGUCGCCGACAGCACGCUGCAGGCUCAGAAGGAGCUCCCGCCUAACCAGCGGGUUACUUACGAGGUCGACUACAUCUCCCUGGCCGAUCCCGACACGCUGCAAGAAGUUGAUACUGUAGACCCGGCAAAGGGAGCCGUUCUCAGCGGCGCCAUCAAGAUGCUGCCUGUGGAGGAGCCGCAAAAUGGAGAGGAUCUGGGACACUCUGGAGGCCCGGCGGUAAGACUGAUCGAUAACAUCAUCCUGCCACCCAAGGCCCAGUAAGAAAGAAAUAGUUGAGAUGGUAUGGUUUUACGAUUGAUGAACAAGAAGUAUGGUUUAACAGGAGUUUUACGAGAAGAAGAGGAAGAAAAAGAAAUAUAGAGAGACAGAAAUGUUCAUGGCGGGUAGAAUUCGAAUACUUCGCUCCUUCUCCAGCGGCCGCUAAUAUGCGCUUUGUUGGAUCUUUUUCUUAAUUUACAUAGCAUCAUUUGGGUAUAAUAC